CCUGACCCAAACAUCGACACAUUGGCCGCCGAUGGCGUCGUAUUAAACAAUUUCUACGUACAACACGUUUCCAACCCGAGUAGGGGUGCCCUACACUCACCGGUAGACAUCCCAUGCAUUUGGGCUUUCAAAAUAUAGCACUAUUGCCUUUUAUGGCCACUGGUUUGCCCCGACACCUUAAAUUAUUACCACAAUAUCUUAAGCAUUAUAAUUACGCCACACAUAUAGUGGGCAAAUGGCAUUUAGGUUUUAUGAACCGUGAAUACACGCCAACAUACCGGGGCUUUGACUCGCACGUGGGUUAUUGGACUAACAGGCAAUUCUAUUUCAAUCAAACCCAUUGUGACCCAUAUGACAGAGUCGGUUGUGGCUAUGACUUCCGACAUAACAUGGAUGUCAUUACAAACGCGUCGGGAGUUUAUUCAGCACAUUAUUUUACCGACAGAUGCCUUCAUAUCAUCGAUAAGCACAACAUCUGAGCCACUGUCCCUAUAUAUGCCACACCAGGCCCUACACGUAUCGACUGAUGGGUCCCCAGUGGAGGCGCCCCAGGAGUACAUCGAUAUGUUUGCGUACAUCGAGUCCGAUAUGAAGGGAGGGUUGGCCGCCGCGGCCUACAGUAUGAACGAGUCGAUCGGUGCGGUUGUCGAGCGCCUACACUCGAGACAAAUGUUGGAAAACAGUAUUAUUAUAUUUAUGAGCGACAAUGGGGGCACCACUGGUACUAAAUUCGGUAUAAGAGUUCCGGCGUUCAUAUGGAGUCCAUUGUUGAACAAAAGUGGUUACGUGUCCGACGCUAUGAUACACGUGACAGAUACAGCUAUAGACAGGCAUAACUAG